UACCCUACCCAGUUUAAUAAAUCUCUGAUUGGUUGAUAAAAUAGAAACCAAACCACAAAAUUUAAAUAUUUUCUAUAAUAAUGUAAUAUCGUUUUUUCAUUUAAAAAUGCACACUAACACUAAUCAAAAAAUAAAGCUGAUAAAUAUUGAGGAGGUAUGUAGACUGUGUGCCAAUAAACACGAAAGCGUAGCUGGAAUAUACACAUCUGAAAAUAAUGAUUUGGCUGCGAAAAUUAAUUUUUAUUUGCCAAUAAAAGUAGAUAAAGCCGACAAAUUACCCCUUAAUUGUUGUGUAAAAUGUGCCUCAGCAGUUAUUGCUUGGUACGAUUUCUAUCUAACUUGUUUAGAGUCUGAUAAAACAUUUAGAAACUAUCAAAUUUGUAAUGAAGAGUUGAUUUCUAAGGAAGUCGAUAGCGAAAUAUAUAGCGCAGAAUCUCCACAAACAAAUGAAAAAUACCUUGAAUCUGAUAUUUUUGACAAAAAUAAUGCUUUGAGUAGUGAUGAAGAUGAUUCUGAAGAAAUAAAAACUGCUGAUAAUAAUAAUACAAACAUAGAUUAUCUCCAAGUUGUAGAUUUAUCAGCUAAGAGUUGUAUAUUGUGUCAAUUGAGCUUUCCAACAAGGACACAACUAAAAAAUCAUGUGUUAGAAGUUCAUAAUAUAAAACAGACAAAACUGAGAAGAAAAAAGGUAGAACUUAAUGCUAUAUUUGCUUGUACUGUUUGCAAAAGAAGUUUCACAAGAAAGUUUGAUAUGCAGAGACACAUGUUAAAGAAGCAUCCUGAUACAUCUGUGGAACCAUCAAUCAGAUCCAAGAAUUCCGAAUUAUUGAAAAAAUGUAAAGUAAUAGACUCAGAGCUAAGUUAUUAUGAAUGUGAUAUUUGUCACACCAAACACAAAUCAAGUUCGAGUUUCGUUCUACACUACAACAUUCAUAUAAAUAAGAAAUUACAUUGUUGCCACCUCUGUGGGAAGAACUUCCAAAGAGGCGCGCAUUUAAAACGACACGUAGAUCGUUUACACUACGGCAUUCGAAGGUACUCUUGUGACUAUUGCGACCAGACAUUUACAAGCAAAACCACCAAGGAUGAACACUUAAAUACUCACACCAAUUCGAGACCUUAUAUGUGUGACACUUGCGGUAAAUCCUUUAGACAAUCAUCCUCACUGUAUGUCCAUAAAAUGUUUCACAAAGACAUCUUUCCGUUUUCCUGUAAUGUUUGUGAGAAGAAAUUUCGAAGGAUGGGCGAACUAAAGAAACACAAGUUCAUACAUACAGGGGAACGGCAGUAUAGUUGUGAGGUUUGUAAGAGACCAUUUAGAUUAAAACAAGAUUUAAAACGGCACAUGAAGACUCAUGCUGCUGCUAAGGCUGUAGCUGUUGCUGAAUGAAGGAACUACGGAAUUCUGAGCUGGAAUAUAAUCAAAAUGUGAUUCUUCGUUUAGUUAUAGGGGAAUGUCCUGAUCUAUUUUCAUUGUUUUUGGUGUUCCAAGUACACUAUGGAUCUACUGAAUUUUAACAGUGGUAUAAAUGUAUAAAUUUGUUGCUAAGUUUAUCAUAUUUAUAAUAAAAUCUUGUGAAAUAUCUUAGUGUAAAAUUCGUGAAGGUUUUUAUACAUUAAAAAUGUAAACACAAUAAUCAAUUGUAG